ACCGAAUUGGUCCCCAAGACAUCACUGACACCCAUACUAUCACCGCAUAUGCCGUCCAAAUACUAUGCCGUCCGGAGGGGCCGAGCGCCGGGAGUUUACAACUCGUGGGACGAAUGCAAGUCUCAAGUCGACGGUUACUCCGGCGCUCAGUUCAAGAGUUUUCGCACCGCCGCUGAGGCCAAGGAGUUUGUGGACACGCCUGUCGUCAGCACCGGCAGGGGCUGUCCGUACGGCUCCAGUCGUCGCCCUAAUCCCCUAUCAAAGAAUAGAUCCGAUUAUCGGACUAUCAAUGGUAUCAAUACUGCUGGAAGUGUCGGAUCUAUUGCUAGUGAUAAUAGUGCGGACUCUAAGGACCGGUUUGUGAUCUAUACGGACGGCGCCUGUACUAAGAAUGGCCGCCGCGGCGCCCGGGGAGGUAUAGGCGCCCACUUCCCCGCCCGUCCCGACCGGGACAUCAGUGAACCCCUGGAGGGCCGGCAGACCAACAACAGGGCCGAGAUAUGGGCCGCCGUUCGGGCCCUCGAAGCGGCCAAAGCCAUGGGUGAGCUCCGGGUGGACAUCAAAACGGACAGUAAGUUCAUGAUGCAGGCCGUGAACGAGUGGUCCCCUAAGUGGCGCAGGAAUGGCUGGAAAACGUCUACCGGUGCCGAUGUCAUCAAUAAGGAGGACUUCUUGGAGUUGGAACGGGUGUCGCAGGGAAUGGAUGUCCAAUGGACCAAAGUUAGGGCGCAUUCAGGUGUGGCCGGUAAUGAGAGGGCCGACCAGUUGGCGGUUAUGGGCAGCAAAGGUGUGGUGACUCCACAGGUGACCCUGCCUACUGUCCCCAUAGGUUUGCCUACUCUACCCAAAGUUCCUGUGAUAACCAUUGAGUGA